UCUCGCUCUCAGUCAGGUGUCCUGUUCGCAGUUUUUACAGUCUCGCCCUCAGUCCGGAGCUCCGUUCGCAGCUCUACAGUACUCUUCUUCAGUUCCAGUUCCAUCGGGUUCGGAGGUAGUCGACGCUAUCAACGCUCCACGCAGCCAAAAUUCUCGGCGUCUAUUCCAAGAUAUGUCUUUGACUAUGGCGCCACGACGCACUAUUCGAAAGGGCGAAGCCGGAGAACAUGAGGCAAAGGAGCUUCUAGCUGGCUUCCAGAGCAAGCCAGUCGACGAUACGGUCCCAGUGUCGGACAGAACUACCUACAAGCGCGGCUACGCCAUGUGGCUCUUCAAGGAAUAAGUUCGCGAUGUCUCGUAGACCUUGAUGCAUGUGUCUCGUAGACCUGGAUGCCUUGUGGCCUUGUGGCCCGUUUGGUUUGCUCUGCAGCACCAGGACAUAACGCCUCGCUGUCACGUGCUGAUCUUUCAGCCC